AUGGCGGUUAGUUCGAGCGAAUCGACUUCGUCAUAUUCUGAUGUAGUGCAUCUGCAGAAGGAAACUAUCCCUGAUACAGAAAUCGAGAUACUACCAGAUGACUUACACUCCAGCUCUACUGGGAGAAGGCGAACUGGGUCAGGAGCCGGAUCGCUGAAAUCGGCAUCGCAUGUCAAGGAGAAUUCAGUGCAGAUUCGUAACAUGUACGAGAUAGAUAAGUCAAAACCGGAGACGUAUUUGAACCAUGAUGAUUUGGAGAAGGUUACAGAGUCUAAGAUUUACGAGCAAAAACGUUUGUUCAGAUGGUUUCAUUCUAGGAAAGUGCCACCUAUCCCAGAGACGUUGGAGGAAAGGCCCGUUUACCCUUUCCGCCGUGCUAACGUCAUUUCGCAGUUGUUCUUCAUAUGGAUUCUUCCGAUAGUGUCGGUUGGGUACAAAAGAACAUUGCAGCCGAACGAUCUAUGGCGGAUGGAUGAUAAGAUGAGCAUUGAAACGCUAUAUGAGAGGUUUGAUUCUCAUAUGAAGGAAUUCAUUGAAAAGGCCAGACUAGAAUAUAGGAAAGAACACCCUGAGGCCACAGAUCAGGAGGUGCUCAAGAACGCCAAGUUGCCUAAAGCAGCAUUAUUGAAGUGUCUCUUCUAUACAUUCAGAUACCAGUAUGUCACGGCGUUUAUAUUUGUGUUGAUCUCUAAUGCUGCAAGUGCCCUAACGCCUUUACUCACCAAGAAAUUAAUAGCAUUCGUCGAAAAGAAAUCGCGUUUCCACGACACUAAAAUUAAUUCCGGAGUUGGAUAUGCCAUCGGUUCAGUGCUACUCAUGAUGAUUAACGGUAUAGCUUUUAAUCAUUUCUUCCAUUUGUCUGCUCUUACAGGUGCAGAGGCCAAAUCCCUGCUCAUAAAAACAAUUCUUCACAAAUCGAUGAAGCUUUCGGCAUACAGUAAACAUAAAUUUUCCAACGGUAAAAUCACUUCUUUGAUGUCCACCGAUGUUUCAAGAUUGGAGUUGGCCAUUACUUUCCAUCCAUUCUUAUACGCAUUCCCUAUGGUCUUUGUUAUUGCAUUGGUUCUCUUGUUGAUCAAUAUCGGUGUGAUUUGCUUGGUAGGGUUCGCUAUCUUCUUUGCUAUUACCUUUAUAAACUUUGGAGCUUUCAAGAAGAUUCUCCAGUUCAGACUUGCUGCAACUUCAAUUACUGAUAAGAGAGUUGCCAUGAUGAGGGAAAUCUUGAACUCAAUCAAGAUGAUUAAAUUUUAUGCUUGGGAAGAUGCAUAUGAAGAAAACGUGAAAAAGGUCAGAGCAAUAGAAUCUAGGUUAGUGAAGAUGAUGCAAUUGGUUAGAAACACUUUGGUCUCAUUGACAAUGGCUUUCCCUAACUUGGCAUCCAUGGUUACGUUUUUGGCCAUGUACAAGGUUAACAAAGGUGGUAGAUCUCCAGCAAAUAUUUUCUCCUCUCUAUCUUUGUUCCAAAUUAUGAUGAUCCAAAUGUUCUUCAUCCCAAUGUCUAUUAGUACUGGUAUCGAUGCCUACGUUGGUUUAGGCAGAGUUCAGGAACUCUUGGAAGCAGAGGAAGAAAGUGAUCGCUACAUCGAAAAUGAAGAAGAUUUAGUCUUGGACGAUGAUACAGUGUUUAAGGUUAAGAAUGCUUCUUUUGAAUGGGAGAACUUUGAAUUUGAAGAAGCAAAAGAGCUCGCAAAGGAAAAGGGAGAAUCGAUGUCAUUCUCUGAUAGGUCUGUGGAUACCGAAAAGGAAGAUCCGGGUGCCGAAAAGACCCGCUUCAACGGAUUCCACGACUUGAACUUUGAAAUUAAAGAGAAUGAAUUCAUUAUCAUCACUGGUGCCAUCGGUACUGGUAAAUCCUCGUUGUUAAAUGCAAUGGCAGGGUUCAUGAGUAGAACUUCUGGUUCAAUGGCUGUAAAUGGUGACCUACUACUAUGUGGAUACCCAUGGGUCCAAAAUGCCACUGUAAGAGAUAACAUUACCUUCGGUUCUCCUUUCGAUCAAGAAAAAUAUGAAAAGGUCCUUGAAAUUUGUUCCUUAGAAGCAGACUUGGACAUUCUUCCUGCAGGUGACAACACUGAAGUCGGAGAAAGAGGUAUUACUCUAUCUGGUGGUCAAAAAGCCCGUAUUACCCUAGCCCGUGCUGUUUACAAAGACAUGGAUAUCUAUUUGUUCGAUGAUGUGCUAAGUGCGGUUGAUUCUCGUGUAUGUCAACAUAUUGUAGAACAUUGUAUGAUGGGUUAUUUAAAGGAUAAGACAAGAAUCUUGGCCACACAUCAAUUGUCCCUUAUUGGUCAAGCUUCACGUGUAAUCUUCUUGGGUACAGAUGGGAGCUUUGACAUUGGUACAGUCGAAGAAUUGCUCUCCAGAAAUAAAGGUUUCCAUAAGCUAAUGCAAUUCCAAAAUUCAAAACCAGUGGACGGUGAUGAGCAUAGUACAAAUGAUGAAAAUGUUUUCAGCGAAGAAGAUGAGGAGUCAAUUUUGAAGAAACAAAAGAGUUUGACGGUAGGGAAAAAAGAGGAGGAUGGUAGAAUCAUUGAAAAAGAAGAGCGUGCGGUUAAUGCUUUAAGUUUCAAAGUCUAUAAAGAAUACGUUUCUUCUGGUUUGGGUAAAUAUGCUCUCAUGAUGAUUCCUAUAUUCCUGUUUAUUGUCGCUUCAGCAACCUUUUGCAAUCUUUUCUCCUCGGUUUGGCUAUCUUUCUGGACGGAAAACAAGUUCAAGCAUAGAACUACAGGGUUUUACAUGGGUUUGUAUGUUAUGUUUGUCCUCCUUGGUAUCAUUUUCAUGUGGAUUGAGUUUGUGUCCGUUGGUACUAUGGCUGUAAACGCCUCCAAAUGGCUAAAUUUGAAGGCAUUACACCGUUUGUUACAUGCACCAAUGGGAUUUAUGGAUGUUACCCCAAUUGGAAGAGUUUUGAACAGAUUUACGAAGGAUACAGAUGCAUUGGAUAAUGAAAUAUCUGAAUCUCUUCGUUUGUUCAUCUAUCAAACUGCCAAUCUAACUGGUAUCAUUAUUUUGUGCAUAAUUUACAUGCCUUGGUUCGCGAUUGCAAUGCCAUUCAUGAUAUUUGCAUACGUGUUUAUUGCAGAUCAUUAUCAAGCCAGUGGUCGUGAAAUCAAACGUAUGGAUGCAAUUCAACGUUCUUUUGUUUUCAACAACUUCAAUGAAGUUCUCGGAGGUAUAGACACUAUUAAAGCUUACCGUAGUCAAGAAAGAUUUUUGAUGAAGUCAGAUUUCCUUAUCAACAAGAUGAAUGAAGCCGGUUAUCUAGUGGCCAGUAUCCAACGUUGGGUUUCUAUUACUUUAGACUUACUUGCCGUCGUAUUUGCCUUGAUCAUUGCUUUGCUAUGUGUUACUCGUCAAUUCCACAUUAGCCCUGGUUCCGUCGGUGUUUUGUUAACCUACGUGUUGCAAUUGCCAGGUUUACUAAAUGGUUUGCUACGUUCUCAGACUCAAACCGAGAACGAUUUGAACAGUGCGGAAAGAUUGGUCAACUACGCGUAUGACUUGCCAAUGGAAGCCCAGUAUAGGAAGUUGGAAACACAGCCUAACGAAAGCUGGCCCAGCGAAGGUCGUAUCAAAUUUGAACACGUCUCUUUAUCAUACAGACCAGAAUUGCCAUUGGUGUUGAAGGACGUGUCCAUUGACAUCAAGGGUAGCGAAAAGAUCGGUAUUUGCGGUAGAACAGGUGCAGGUAAGUCUACCAUCAUGAGUGCCUUGUACCGUUUGACAGAACUACGGUCGGGAAAGAUUACCAUCGAUGACAUAGACAUCAGCACACUUGGGUUGUAUGAUCUCAGGAAAAAGCUUGCCAUUAUUCCACAAGAUCCCGUUCUUUUCAAAGGUGACAUCCGUAAGAACUUGGAUCCAUUCCAGGAAUGCACAGAUGAGCAGCUAUGGGAUGCGCUUGUUCGUGGUGGAGCGAUCGAGAAGUCCGAGUUGGAGACAGUCAAGCUCCAGAAAAAGGACUCUCACGGACUUUCAGGCAACAUGCACAAGUUCCAUCUAGACCAAAGUGUAGAAGAAAACGGAUCAAACUUCUCUCUCGGCGAACGUCAAUUAUUGGCACUAACAAGAGCUCUUGUGCGUGGCUCCAAAAUUUUAAUUCUCGACGAAGCCACAUCUUCUGUCGAUUACGAAACUGACGCUAAAAUCCAGAGCAGAAUUGUGGAAGAAUUCUCGCGCUGCACCAUCUUGUGCAUUGCCCAUCGUUUGAAGACCAUUCUAAACUACGACAGAAUCCUCGUUCUAGACCAAGGUGAGGUUGUCGAAUUCGACAAACCCGAGACCCUAUUCAACGACCACAGCACCAUUUUCUACCAGAUGUGUUGCGGCGCCGGGAUCACGGCUGAAGAUUUCUCUUCCUAA